CGCUUCAAGCUUCGAAAUGUGUACCCGACUGGUAUGACUGCUAGCUCGAUCUAGCAAUCCCGUCGGUUAGGGCGGAAUUGGAAUAACAGCGGCGCGCAUAGUACGAUGGUUAGCGAUGUGCCGUUGAUGAACCGUGGCUAGCGUUGUGCGUUCACGUCAAACGAAUUGAAGUGUUUACAUCGUGUGCGUCUGUGUGUGUGUGCCGGUCUAUUGACGAUUGGUCAUCAGUGCAAACUUGAUUGUUUACAACAAACGAGCAACAUGAAGCUGGUGAAUCUUUUCCAUGCACCGGCGCUGUUGCUAUGCCUUUUGGUGCUUAAUUUCAGCGUUCAGUGCACCCUGGCUUGGUUCAGCAUUCCAAGCUUUGAUGCUGUACUCGACGGUGUGUCGGGAGCGAUUAAAACGAGCUACAAGUUUGUAAACGAUAAUGGAUACUGUGCGCUGAGAGAAUGCUGCAAUGAGGUUCACAUCCAUUCCGACAUUACUGAACUGCGAAAGUCUUUAGAGAAAUCCUUAUUCGGGCAGCACAUCGCCGCGGAGGUGAUCGUGAAUGCCGUCGGAGGACACUUCAAAAAUAUCAACAGCUCCGAGAAGCCUUUGGUGAUGAGUUUGCAUGGUCUACCGGGGACGGGAAAAAACUUUAUCGCGGAGCACAUCACCCGGGCACUGUACAAAAACGGUGCAAACAGUCAAUUCGUGCACAAAUACCUCGGCCGAAUACACUUUCCGCUUCAGAGCGAAGUUGAAACGUACAAGCUCAAUCUUGUUAACGAUAUAAAGAAGGCGAUAGCGCGUUGCCCCAAAUCGUUGUUCAUAUUUGACGAGGUCGAAAAAAUGCCAUCCGGACUGUUUGAUUCGAUUGUGACGCUACUCGAUCAUCACGCGUACACCAAGCACCUGGACUUCCGGCAGUCGAUUUUCCUCUUCCUGUCGAACGUUGCCGGCCCGGAGAUAGCGGACAAGCUGAAGGGUUUGGUGGAUCGUGGCGUUUGGCGCGAGGAAACCAAGCUGCACGAUUACGAAUCGACGCUCGAGAUUGCGUCGUACAAUCUGAUGGGAGGGCUGCACAAAAGCGAGCUGAUCGAAUCGCACGUGGUCGAUCAUUUUGUACCGUUUCUGCCGCUGGAGCUGAGGCACGUGGAGAGCUGCAUUCGGGCGGAGUACGCCAAGUUUACCGAUGCGAAAAUGAGCGACGAAUUGCUAAGUGCCGUUGUUAAGGAAGCGAUUACAUUCGAUGAAACCGGCCUGUAUUCUAAUACCGGGUGUAAACGAGUGAACAAAAAGGUGGAAGCACUGUAUUAUAGUGGAUUGCGCAAACAGAAGCAGAAGCAAGAAUUGUAGUGCAUCGACCAAUAAUACAGAGGGCGGCAUUGGAAUGUGUCUAAGUUAUUGGGUGUUGUGCGAUACAUGUAUAAAGAAAAAAAAACACAUUCUCUUUACGAAACAUA